CUUUAAUUCGACAUAGUAAUAUAAAACGCUUUUGGGGCUUGCGCGGCGCCUGUUCUCAGGCUUGCACUUUCUCUUUUCGCCGAAGCGAAUGAUGCAGCGCACGAGCCAGGCCUUUGCUAGUGGCUCCAACUUGCAGAAGAGAACAACGCGCGAUGCAACAGUGGCCCAGGGCGUGCGUGGCAAGGCACAAGGCCUAUCCACGCAGGUGGUCAGCAACCCGCGCUCGCUAGCUGCUGGCGCCAGCCUUGUGCCACGGCGCUCUACAGCCAACUGGGUCGCGGAGGUGAGCACCAGCGCGCAGCGGCUACUGGAAGCCCCUGCAUCAUACAGGCAAGGGGGGGCACAGGCGAAUGCUGGCCCUAACGCGUUGAUGGCCACCGACGGCAAGGCGAGCUCGCUGCGCAAGCUCGUUGUUGACGGGGUAGACGAUUCGCCAAAUGUCCAGGUCCGCUUCUGCCUCAAGUACCGCACGUCGUAUGGUCAAUCAGUCAAGAUUAUUGGCUCGCAUGCGAAGUUGGGCAACUGGGACAUCAACAAGGCGCUGGUGCUCAGCUGGACGGACGGUGACCGCUGGGUGGCCACCAUCGAGCUCCCCGCUGGCUCCGUCUACGAGUACAAGUACGUGCUGGUGGACCACGACGGCCGCAGCGCACUGGCCUGGCAGGGCGGCAGCAACAGCGUGCUGGCCAUUGGAGACCAGGACGAGCAGGGCGUGGAGGUGCAGGACAACUGGCACAACAACCCAGGGCAGGCGGCGGUCGUUGCAGGCGGCCAAACACUCACACGCGAGACCAAGCUGCAGGCAUGGGCAGAGGAGAUGAAGCAGUACCGGGCGCUGGCCCGCAGCGCGCAGUUUGAGCUGUCGCGGAAGGCGGAGGAGCUGCAGGCGUCCAAGGCGCAGGUAGCACGGCUCAAGAUGGAGUUGAGUAUGAGCCUGAAGGCGCGCGAGGAGCUGGAGAGCCGGCUGGCGGACCUGGAGGGCGAGAACCUGUCGCUGCGGGCGCAGGUGGCGCAGAGCCAGAUCGCCAUGAAAAGCACUCUGGAGGAGGCCAUCAAGCUGCUUCAGCAGGAAAUCGAGGAGGGCGAGGAGGAGCUGUACAGCACGGGGCUGGGCGAUGAGGAGUUGGAGGCAGCAGCCAGCGGCAGCGGCAGCUCGGGCGCCAGCUCCUCCAGCAGCAACGGCAGUGGCUGGGGCUGGGGCCGCAGCAAGGAGGCGGAGACGGUGUACGCCGGCAGCAACGGCAGCAGCAGUAACGGGAGCGGCGGCAGCAACGGCGCGACAUUUGAGCGGUUCGGCUUCCGACUCAGCGGCAACACCUUCGACCAGCCGCAGCAGACCGGGUCCGAAUUUGGGCACAACAGCGGCAGUCGAUCAAACAACAACGUGCUGGCGGACUGGCGGACACGCCUGGGCAGCCAAUAGCGUGAGGGAGCAGGAGAGCGUGUGCGUGCUUUGCCGAGGGUAUAAUCUGAUGUACGGUAAUCUAAUCUGAAACAUGAGAGUGGCUGUGGUUGUGCAUGCAUGGCCAGGUAAGGUUGCCUAUGGGCUUAAACACCUGCGUUGCGUCCGCGAGCAACGAAUUUGCACUCUGGCGUGCCAUAUGGUAGACAGCGCUGUUCUUUGGGUCUGCGUUCUGUUUGUGAAGGUGAGUCGGAUGUAAUGUAUAACCAGCACAACACGAAGACCGUUUGGGGGCAUGCAUGCACGCACAAAUUACCUGUAUGCUUGUUAUUAGGGCUUGCAAGAGAGGGCACAUCCAACGCGUUGUGGCGUGGAAGUCUGACGCCUAAGAUCAUGUUUGGUGAGGCAACUUGGACAGCUUUGGACAACUGUGAGGCAAGUGAGGACGCGCGACGUGCGAGUAAAGACGUGCGAGACAUCUGGCCCCUCCCGUUUUACGCAACAGCGCCCCUUUCAGCGGUGUUAGCGGUGUCAGCCUCCCAGGGGUUUCAGACAGGGGCCCGCUGGUAGCGAAGUGUGACGGCAGCGCAUCUUGGGGCUAUGGGACAUGAUAAUGAGAUUGCAUUGUUACAAGAGAGGACAACAGGGUCAGGUUGGCGCCUUUUAGGAGCAUCAUGUUGGGGUGGGGCUGUUUGGACACCUUUAUGCCGCGGCAUCUUAGUUGGCCCGCCGGCUCAUCAUUCGCAUUCACUAGCAAACACUUCGGCAUCAUAGUUGCGAGGGGUGGCCUGGCGUGCCGGCCGCGCGAUCUUGAAUUGCCCACCGCCCGGCAGGUAACAUCUGCAACCAGGGGUGCCCCUCGUGGGUGCCCCUGUCCGCAACGCAACUGUGCUCUCGGUAACCCCGCGCUCUUCCGCUGCCUGCUAGCUCCGACUGCAGCCUGCGUGGCGCAACCAGCGUUCGUUUCGGUUCUUCGCGUCAAAAGGGGGGCGGGUAGAAAGCUCAGGAUCUCACCCCAUGCUCAAAAUUACAGAGCUUUCUAAGAGGAUUACGCACGUACUUCUACUUUUGUCAGGGGUGGUUUGGUGAGGAAGUUCUGGGCCGCCAAGGUGGGGGGUCUGGAGGUUUAGUUCGUACCAGGGGAGGAACUGUUGCGGAACUACUGGACAUGUCGGCAUAUGUGAUAUGUCCCCACGUUCGACACCUGCGCGCUGACGUGGCGGGCGUCUCAAGCGCUGGUGCACAUGAACUCAUACUUUAACAAGGCUGCCGAUGCGCGCUGUCAAUACAACAAAUGGCUAAGAGUUGAACGCGGGGUGGGCUGGACCGAGGGGAUUUCGAUGGACAGGAUCCCGUGUGUGACUGAAGUCUCAGAACAGGACCGCCCAGGGCUCCUAUCUUAAUGUCUCCAGACAUUAAUUGGCCAUUUUGGCCGUUUCCUAGACAUUGCUCCCGGGGGCUAAUGUCUGGGGCGAGACUUUGUUGGCCCGGGUUUGGGGUGGGUUUUGUCUCAAUUCCUAUGGAGAAGCCCCCAAACCGCCAUGUGCCCAGACAAAAGACAGCGGCCACCCGGCCGUUUUUGUCUGGAGCUAGACAUUACCCCCAAAACAAGAUACGACCCCUGGGACCGCCGAUGGCACAGCGUGAGAACGCUCAUCAAGAGGAAUCAAUUUGCAUCCCUUUGGUACUUGGGGUUGAGGGGGGUUCAGUCGUGGGGUCCGGGGGAUUUCGGUGCUGGGGGUUGGGCCGUGGGGUCGGGCACUAUGAUGCGCAUCCCCACCCCCACCUGACACUCUGAUGACCUACUUGGCACGGCCGACCCGCCUCCGUACCUUGGCUUCCCUGCCGCUCAUGUUCCGGUGCUGACGCCCUAAUCUUGGUUGCGGUGGGGGGGCGCCGCCCUUCAGUCCCCGGCGCGCAACCUUAGUCACCGGGGGUGACCCCGCCGCCCCAACCUCGGACCCCGGCGUUGGCAAGUUGGCAGGGCAGGCUGCCCGACGCAUCUGUCCAACCAGAGGCUGCAUCUUGUUGGAUUUUCUACCUCCUGGGGUUUCAACUGCAAUGAGGGUCUAAACCAGUGAAA